AACGGCGCUGGUGGACGCAUGCCCACCCUGAAACCGUAAACUUGGCGGUCCACAUCGUACAAACCGAUUGUGUGUGGCGAUUUUCCUGCAGUUUUUGUGCGUUUUAUGUGUUCGAAGGUGUCCUGAGGACGGUGCUAACAUGGAGAAACGUGUGGAGUUGGAGAAGCGCGGCAAGAACCCCGCGGACAUCAAGGAGCUGAAUCUGGACAAUUGCCGAAGCACCAACAUCGUGGGACUGACUGACGAAUUUGAGAAUCUGGAGACACUGUCUCUGAUCAAUGUAGGGCUCACCUCGCUGAAGGGCUUCCCCAAACUACCUAACCUGAAGAAGCUGGAGCUCAGCGACAACAGGAUAAGCGGCGGAUUCGACAUCCUGGAGACCAGCCCCAAGUUGGCGUACCUCAAUCUGAGCGGCAACAAGAUCAAGGAUGUAGAGUCGCUGGAAUCGCUUAAGUCGUUCAAGCACUUGCGGCACUUGGAUCUCUUCAAUAAUGAGGCCACCAGCAUCCACAACUACCGCGAGAAGAUUUUCAGCAUGCUUCCUAACCUGAAGUAUCUGGAUGGCUUCGAUCCGGAGGACUGUGAGGUGGAAGAGAGCGAAGUGGAGGCCGAGGAGGAGGAGGUGAACGGCAACGGUGAGGAAGAGUCUAACGAGGAGGAGAGCUCAGAUGAGGACGACGAAAUGGACGACAGCGUUGACUUGGGUGUCGUCUAUUCUGAAAACCUAGACGAACUGUCCGAUGAGGGCGACUACGAGGCUGGUGAGGACGAGGAAGAGGACGACGUCGAGGAGGAGGAGGACGAUGACGUUCUGGACAGCUCGCAAGACGCCACGCCAUCCAGCGCCAAAGGCAAGAAGAGGAAACGCGAGGAGGGCGACGACAACUAAGACCAGUGGAGGUGACAACAAUAUCGGGACAAGGACGGGACGUCCCGCCUGGCUGUGGUUGAUCAACACUCCGGACACACAUUGUCCUUAAAGAAUUGUCCGCGACCGGACCUUGUCCAGUGCAGUGCGCGAGGCGGGUGGCAAGCCGCUGCUCGCCUCGCACCCUCCCCUUUUUGUCCUGGUUUUAUUAAUUUUUAGCGUUACAAAACAUAUUUCUUAAGGAAUUUAAUGACAAAUAUAUAUAUUCACACUGGAGUGUUUUUCAUGGCCAUUCAUUGGUUGACUCCGCGUUCGCGCGGUCCUCAGUCUAUUGUAUUCACUGUUGCGUUUUGUUACUAGGUAUUAUUAUUAUAUAUACUUCUACUACUGUA